AGUCGUUUCAAGUUCAUUCGCAAGUCGACAUUACGAACCACUGAUGACAGCACCACCCAGGAACUUGAAGCCUCCGUAGACGACAUCGAGGGUGAUUCGACACCCGCCCCGGAAGGGGAAGAGGCAGGAGACUUGCAAGAUGAACCAGACACGCAAAAUGAAACAAAUACGCAAGACGAGAUAAACACGCAAGAUGUGUUACUCGCUAUGGCCAUCGACAAAGCUGGCAAAAAACCAAGUCGCUUCAAGUUCAUUCGCAAGUCGACAUUACGAACCGCUGAUGACAGCACUACCCAGGAACUUGAAGCCCCCGUAGACGGCAUCGAGGAUGACUCAACACCCGCCCCGGAAGGGGAAGAGGCAGGGGACUUGCAAGAUGAACCAGACACGCAAGACGAAACAAACGCACAAGACGAUUUACCUGGUCAAGAUUCCUUAUCCACAGAAUCCCUACAAGACGAAUCGCUUCGCCAAGAUUCCUUGCCCGUAGUGACAGAAUCCCCGCAAGAGGAUGCAGAAAUGCAAUCCAUGUUCCCAACUUCUGACUCCCCCGCCCAAGAUUUUACCAGCAUUGCGGAGAUUGACAGAGCCGACAGCCCUGUCGAAGAUCCUGAGGUUAUUCUCAAGAACUUACAGGAGACUUUUCAGAACAUAAUCGACGAUAAAUUAGCGAACAUACCUCUUCGCUUGAUAGACACCCACAGCGGCAUCCUAUACACCAGCAAUGACCUCGAGGGAAUUUUCAAAGAGUCGGAGGAGUAUCAACGACUCUACGAAAAUCUUCUGACCACCUCCGUGUCGAAGCUUCAGCGCAGAGUUAACGAAUUCUUUCGAUAUGCCAUGCUUUCCCACAAGUGGGCAAGUGCGAAGGACGAGCCCCAGUAUUGGCAGAUCAAGGGCAGCGUCUACGAGAUGGAUGCCCCAUUAGAAAUUCGCAAGCUGCAACAAUUCUGUACCACCUCGAAGAGAGAAGGCUACCGAUGGGUGUGGAGCGAUACGUGUUGUAUCGAUAAGACGAACAAUGCUGAGCUUCAGGAAUCCAUCAUCUCCAUGUUUGCUUGGUACAAGGAUUCGGCAAUCACUAUCGUUUACCUUGCAGACGUCUCUGAUAUCUCGCAGUUGAAAGACAGUCAGUGGUUUAAGAGAGGCUGGACGUUGCAGGAGCUCCUCGCACCUCAGUUUAUUCGAUUCUACAAGCAGGAUUGGCAGCCGCUCAUCGAUUCCGAUAAGAAUCACAAAGUUGAACUUCUAUCUAUUCUCCACGACAUCACUCGCAUCGAUGUCGAUGUUUUGAAGGCAUUCGUACCCGGCGUCGACAAUGUCAAGAAGCGGUUGAGUUGGGUGGGCAACAGGACGACUAAGAAGAUCGAAGACAUUGCCUAUUGCCUCAUGGGUAUUUUCGGCAUCCACAUGCCAGUAAUGUAUGGGGAGAAACAUAAUGCUUUUGUGCGGCUUCAGAAGGAGAUCAUGGCGCUUACCGACGACCUCUCACUCUUUGACUGGUUGGGAGAGUCAUCGACCCUUCACAGUUACUUUGCUGCGCAUCCUAGGUGCUUCAUGACCCCAUCUUACGACGCUCGACAGGACUCCACUUCAUCGAAAUUCGAAUUCAGGUUACUCAAAACUUCGAAGCGCAUCACCAGUGGCUUGUCUUCUUCGGCUCUCAAGAUUGUCAAGGACGUUUUGAGCAACCCGCCUCACGGACGUUUCAUUGCGAAUGGGAGAAUGAGCAUGCCCUUUUUCGUUCACGAAGUGGUCACCCUCAUUCCGAACCAAGACAAGCCCGGAGCUCUCAGCUAUCUCGUCAAAGCUGAGGGACUGUCGGAGCUCGAGGUCAUCGUCACACAACGGCUAGUUCCUUUAUACGGCAAGAACCCGAGUUACAAAUACCGCGUCGUGCGAAUGUGGGACGCGAGUCUUAUUCAACGUAUUGGAAGCAUGAGCAUCGAGGCUGCUGAUGCCUCGAUUGUUGAUAACCCUGAGUCUCCGGAGCCGCCUACGACAGAGGACUCCCCGAAGCAGGAGAAGGAAAAGGAGAAGGGAAAAGAGAAGGGAAAAGAGAAGGACAAAGAAAAAGAGAAGGAUAAGGACAAGGAUAAGGAUAAGGAAAAAGAAAGUUGGGUCGGCAGAUCCAAGGAGCUCGUCGCCGAUUUUGUGGCCGACAUGGUCACCAACAGCACUGCUGCUGCAUUUAUUCGGCGGCUGCAAGAGCCGUUUGUUGCUCAGCUGCUUUGUUCGCCUGGUGAUAAGCAGCCUUGGCGGAGGGUUGGAACCACCAUCCGCGUCAUUGCUCACGCAUCCUCUGGGUCCGUUAAUUUCAGGGCCCCCGAAAAUGUUAUCGUGCACUAAAACUUCACUGCUGUGUCGCUGCUCGCUGAUACCUCUAUGACUGUGUUGUCUAUAUUUUACAGCUAUGAUUACGAAC